AUGAAUUUCAAAAGCAUUUGUGAGAGAAUUGAUAUAAAAUUAAUAUUUGCAUUGAUUGCUUGCAUUUUUGUGAUUUGUGUGACGAUUUUUGCUUCAAUGGAAUUAAUGGAGAGAGAAGAAGAGUUGAUUGAACUAACUGAUAAUAUUGAAGAUAGCAGUGAAACAACAGAUUCUACAAUGGUAAUAAGCAAAGCACGGUUUUCCUUUGAUAUACAUCCGUCACUUGUUAUCAUAGCGCCAGUUAAUUGUCAACGUGGUGAAAAACUUGACACGACAUCGGGACAAUGCAAGAAAUCAUUUUAA